GCGUUUAUGACAGCACCGCCAAGCAGCAACACGCUCUUUUUACUUGGGAAUCACAACACCGCGACUUCCAAGUUCCGCGCGUGUCCGUGGAUGCCAACACGGGACGAGCACACGACGCCAAAGUUCCACGCUGAAAGUUUCGGGCACCUCCAACAUGAACGAAUCCAUCAUCCCCACAAUGGACCCUCGGUGCAAGGGAAAGCCUCCCCUGGCUAUGGACAUCAUCCUCCAGUUGGACCUCUUUGGCAUCAUCUUAUAUUCUGUCCUCACCUUCAUGGCAGCCACGUCCAUGUUGCUGUUCCUUGAGGAGUGUGUUUAUAUUUAUAAAAAAGUGCCAGCCCAUAAAAAGAGCACUAUCAUAUGGGUGAACGGUGCAGCACCGGUCAUCGCCACCAUGUCCUGUUUGGGAAUGUGGAUCCCCCGAGCCACCAUGUUUACCGAUAUGACUUCAGCUUGCUACUUUGCCAUCGUGGUGUUCAAGUUCCUCAUCAUGAUGAUAGAGGAGGUGGGCGGCGACGAGGCGUUCCUGCGGAGGGCGCCGAAACAUAAACUGAGGAUCAGCACGGGGCCGUGCUGCUGCUGUUGUCCUUGCUUGCCGUUCGUAGCCAUCACGCGGCGUUCUCUUUUCCUUCUCAAACUUGGUUCCUUCCAGUUUGCUGUGCUCAAAGUCGCCUUUACUGUCCUCUCCAUUGUCCUGUGGACCAACGGAACCUUUGACUUGGCGGAUCUGAGCAUCACCGGCUCUGCAAUCUGGAUCAACCCCUUUGUGGGCAUCUUGACAAUCAUCGCCCUGUGGCCUGUGGCCAUCACGUUCAUGCACCUCAGGAUCACUUUACGCACCCUAAAGAUCAUCCCCAAGUACGCCAUGUACCAGCUCGUGCUGAUCCUUAGCCAGCUUCAGUCUGCCAUCAUCAACAUCUUGGCUUUGAACGGAACCAUCGCCUGCGCACCGCCAUUCUCUUCCGCCGCCAGAGGAUACAUGAUGAGUCAGCAACUGCUGAUCCUGGAGAUGUUUAUCAUCACGCUGGUAACACGUCUGCUGUAUCGCCGCCUCUAUGACCCGCUGCCCGAGGAGGAGGAGGAAGAGUGCGAUGACAACGAGAACACCAAAAUGGUUACUUUGCAGAAAGCUGCGUGAGUCUGUCUUCAACAUUUGUGUGUUUUAUGCUCAUAUUAAGUGUGGAGAUGUUCAAUUGACUGAGCAGACUUCUUGGUUGCAGAAACUUUAAGAACUUUUGCUGCCGAUUCGUCUCUGUUUUUUACCAUUGUGAAACCCUGAGAAGUUAUACAAGAGACUUUUGGAAUGUAAGAGACUGUUUGUUCUCAAAUUUCCAACUUUGUAGAGGGAAUUCAUAUUUAAAUAUUUGUUCAUGAUGAUGAAUCUGCAAAACAUGCUGGACUUGACACAAACUGGCAAAUGACGUCAAUAUUUUAAAACGAUCAAUUCAGGUUAACCUCGUGUUGCCUGGAAAAAUAUGACAUCAUUUUCAGUGACCAACCUGUAACAGUGCAGGUUUCAUAUCAGUGCCUUCAUAGGAAUGUACAGGAAACAGAUUUUAUUUACAUUAAAUGUCUUUUAGGAGAUGCUAUUGCAUUAA